UUUAUUUCCAUAGUCCUGGCGACUCCUACGUUAUUUUGUGUCCCAACACCCAUGCCCCUUUGAUGUAAACUUUCACGAAAGGUGGGAAAACACUUUUUUUGGAGUUUCCCCAAGUGGCUGGCGCCGUACGAGGCCAGGUGGUUCCGAGAAUGGGCGCCGGUCAGGACAAACCUCGAGGACAAGGGCGCCCCGACUUCCACGCACCGGGAUCCUGCAGGCGCCUGCACGCGCCCACCCCGCCGGGCCCGGGGGCUCGGUGCACGGGGCGGGGAACAGUGGGUGCGCCGGGCUCUCCGACCUCCGAGCCCCCAGGGCGCCGACUGCCACGCCAGAGGGACGCGCGGCCAGUGCCUCCACCGCCACCCUCCCCGGCGGCGCAGUCUUUGGAAUCUGGCGUCUUGGCCACUUCGCCCGUCGAAGUGGGGGCGGGGGUGGCCGCCAUACCCAGGCCGAAUGGGGCCGGGAACAGAACUUGACAGCGCUCGGCCGCAUGACCUGCGCCCCCGUGGGAGGACAGCAGAAGAGAGUCGCUUCACCCGGUCUCUCAACAACCUGGGGUCUCGGGAAACACGCGGUAAUGACCCAAGAACCCCGCCCUCCGGGAGAGGCGAGGCGGCGAGGCUGCCGGGACGGUUUGAGGACCAGGCCCGGCUGGGAAGACUCCAACCUUCACCUCCCAGGUCCCCGAUCCCACUUCCCGCUGUCUCCCGGCGUCGCCACUUCAGGCAGCCCACUGGGCCCGGUCUCGCCCCACGCCCGGACCGCCCCCCAGGGGGUGCUCUCACUGUGCAGCGAGUCCCUCCGCUGCCUCCUCCCAGCCCAAAAUGGCGGCGGCGGCCACCGAUCCUUCUCGUCGCCUUCCUCUAGGACCGGGGAUCCCUCCGCGCCCACAGCCCCUCCCCCCUCGGCCGGAUCUAUUUUCUGCCUAGUAAAGAUUAACGCCAUCAAUGAACUCUUUAAUUGAGCUCGGAGGGCGAACCCGAUUGUGCUUCCGCACGGCCAACGUCGACAUAAGCGGAAAUAUUGACAGACGAGCCGGCCAAUAAAAAGACAGAGGUGAGCGCGGGACGACUCCCGCGCAAGGCUAGAUGGGUUUUGGAGUUCGCGGGGUAGCUGUUGACGUGAGCUGUUGACGUGACAGGAUGUUGGGUCGCCUUCCAAGGCCAGAAGAACUACAAUCCCCAGCAGGCAUCGCGCUGUAAAGGCUGUUCCCUCCCCCCUUCCUCCCCGCCCCCCAACCAUAGCGCCUGAGCGUCUUGACCGGGGAGAGCUGCUACAACUGCAGCAAGAGGUAGGGCUGAGGCGCUGGACUUGCAGACGGGCGGUUGCACAAAAAGACAGCAGGUGUAGUCGGUGUGCAUAGCCCUUGCCCUUGACAACAAAUAGCAGGUGUCACUAGUUAAAGGCAUCUGCUGAGAGAUUUGGAACAGAAGAAGGUGGCCCCUCCGAACCAGACCAACUGCAAUACAGAGCGAUCAGCAGCCAUGGAGGAGGCCAAGGCCUCUGACUCUUCUAGGAGCCCAGAAACACCCCCUGAGCCUCAUGACCCUGCUGGUUCCCUGCCCCUGACACCCCGGAUGGAGAGCCACUCAGAGGAGGAAGAUCCUUCCGGGGCUGGCGGUGGUCUGGGCUGCAAUAGUAAGGGUGCCCGGACCCAGAACCCCAGGGGCUGCUCAGUGGAGGCGGUGCUGAGCCGCAAGAAGCACCGCCGGCGGCCCUCCAAGCGCAAGCGGCACUGGCGGCCCUACCUGGAGCUGAGCUGGGACGAGAAGCAACAGCGGGACGAGAAGCAGGGCCAGAGGGCCUCCCGGCUCCGAGAGGAGAUGUUCGCCAAGGGCCAAGCCGUGGCGCCCUACAACACCACCCAGUUCCUGAUGAACGACCGAAACCCUGAGGAGCCUGACCUGGAUGUGCCCCAGGGGGCCUCGCACCCGGGCUCCAGUGAAGAGAGUGAGGCAGAGGACAGUGGCCGGCCGGUCCAAGCUCCUGGCGAGUUCCAGCAGAGGGACUUCUCUGAGACCUAUGAGCGCUUCCACACGGAGAGCCUGCAGGGCCGCAGCAAGCAGGAGCUGGUGCAGGACUACCUGGAUCUGGAGCGCAGGCUGUCGCUGGCCGAGGAGGAGACCCGGAAGCUGCAGCAGCUGCAGGGGCGCACCAGCCGCCAGUCCUGUCGCCAGGUUGAGGAACUGGCUGCUGAGGUGGAGAGGCUCCGGACAGAGAACCAGCGGCUUCGGCAGGAGAAUGAGAUGUGGCAUCAAGAGGGGAGCCAGGCACCUCGGGGUGCCCCCUCACCAGUUUAGCCCAAGGAGACGGUUCCAUUUAAUGCACAUGUAGGCCAGCUGGGUCUCAAGGUGGCAGGUGGUGGAUGAAAAUCACUCCCAUCACCUUGUGCCGCCUGAGAACAGCUUGACUUCCACCUUGUCAUUUCCACAGUUUGUUCUUUGAUGGCAUUAUUAUUAUUAUUAUUAUUAUUAAUUUCAGAUAGGAAGGGAGAUGGAGAGAGAGAAACAUCAAUGAUGAGAAUCAUUGAUCGGCUGCCUCCUGCACACCCCCUACUGGGGGUCGAGCUCACAACCCGGCAUGUGCCCCUGACCAGAAUCGAAACUGGGACCAUUCAGACCCACAGGCCAAUGCUCUAUCCACUGAGCCAACUCGGCUAGGGUAAUGGCAUCUUAUUUUUCACGGAGAAAAUAAAUGGUUUUGGUGAAAUCAAA